AUGGAAGGCGCAUCAAAGGACAACAGUUGGAUAGACAACAACAUAACCACUGGGAGGCAGCUGCGGCGGAGCCCAGGCCCUAACCGGGGGUCAAGAGACACUAGUAGCCGGACCCAAGCCGGACCCUCCACAUCUGCCGCUACCCAGGAUAGCGCCGACCAACCAAGCGGGGUCCUCAAGGCCAAGAAGCCGGAAUCCCUAUUAGUCAAUCAUAGGGAGAAUCUGCCUGUGCCUACCCCGUGGGUAGUAGCUGACUUGCAAGGCCGCAUUGGAGCACGAGACACCCCUGCCACUGACCCGACUUUUUAUAACAAAACGCAAUUCGAGAUCGAAUGUGCCUUGAUCUUGCACUUCUGUAAAAAUCAAAAGGAAUACCAAAAGAAGGGUCACAAAUUCGUAAAACUCAUAACAAAAGACGACUUCUAUCGAGCCAGAGCCGCCCUGCACACUAAGACGGAGGUGAGUUUCAACAAGUUGCUGAAGAAGUCGGAACUAUAUCAAGAAGGGGGAGAAUUAUUCGAAUAUUUGACUCACCCAGAGAGCUUCCCGGCGUGGCUGAGACGAUUCCGAGCGGGACUUAGUGCGAGUCUCGACUUUGGGGAACCCCCUACUUCUGACGGAGAAGACGAGUAUCAAGAUCCAGAAGACGUAUCACUUACCUCUCCUACUCCUCGCCCUGUAAAAGAAAAAGGCAAGGAAAAGGCGAGUAUGAGGGGAAAUCAGAUGCAAUCCCCGCUAGCUGGCGUGGUUCAAUCAGCUACAGAUAUCCCGGGGUUUCAAACCUUCGCCGACUUGGGCGCUGGCCCGAGAGAAGCCGCUAGAAAUGCGGGCCUAAGCUCGCGAACCACUAGAAAGGCACCAGAGCUUUCGACUCGACGGCAGACCAAGGCGCAGGAGAACCAUCCGAUACCACCCCCUCAGGCGAGGGAGGUAUCCCCUGAGCCCCCGGGGCGAAGGAGAAGACGGGAAAUGGCGACUGAGGCGACCCAGGUUACGGAAUACCUGGAACAGCAAAGCCGAAAAAUCGAGGCCUUAGAAAGGAAAAUCUUAGAGAUGGAGUCGAGUCGGAACAGUCGGGCGCCCCCUAGUCGCCAUAACCCUGAUCCAAUAACUACGCAAGACGCCCGAUAUUACGACCCUGAACCAAGGAUCCCACAAGAUGCCUGA